AAUCAUUUGGGUUCAACAAAUAAAAAAACACAUGACAGUCACGUGAUGUAAACAUGGCGGAUUGAAGUGGGACUGAAGGAAAAUGAGUAUUUUAAAAUCACUCAAAGGCACUUUUAGAAACGUCCAGGAGGAUAUAUCUGGAAGUCUGAAAUCACUUACAGUGUCACCUGAGAAGGGAAAACUUCCUGACAACCAGUUUCAGUUUACUUCCACAGUCAAUUACGAUGCCGGGGCUGAAAUUUUGCACAAAAAUGAGAAUAUCUGGAAAGAUCUGUAUGGGUUUUCAGAGGAAACUUCAAUACGGGCACAGGAUGUAGAUAUUCAGAUCGGCAACUUGUACAUCUACUGUGAUAAACAAUCAGAGAUUUUGAUGAAACUUCACGAUGAGGCAUCACGUCUACCAACAUUGAUUUCCCAACUACAGACCAUCACCGAUUCUUUAGCUCUGGUUGAGGAAGAAUAUGAUAAAGUUGAAGCUGCUCUGGUACACCUGGAAAAUCUUUGUGAAGAACAGGAGUUCAGGAAGAAUGUGGCCUCACACCACAAACAGCUGGCUGUCUAUAAAAUGAAGAAAGAACAUGAACUACAGAGGUAUAAAGUACAGUUAGCAAGAGAGCAUGCACAAAAAGUGGAACAGGUUAACAAGAAGAGACAGCAUCUGCUGCACGAGAAACAAGUGGCCUUUGAUGAACAAUUUGCCCAAGAUGUUGACUACUUUAAAAAACAUGGAAAACCUGGGCGGUUACCGAGUACCCCAGAAAGUGAGAAGAAGCUAGAUCUGGCAGAAAUAGAGAUAGACGAGGAUCCAGAGGCUCUUGAUGCAUUCCUACAGUCAGAGGAUACAACUCCAUCAGAUGGAAAAGAUUCUUUAGAGGAGAGUAAUGCCGAGAGUACUGUAACUGAAAAAGAGGAACCAGAAGUUGAAGUUCUUCCAGAUAUUUUAUCCCCAUCAGCAUCAGUGAUGGAAAUGUCAAAGGCCAUAGAUUCACCAGGAGAAGAUUCUUCUGCAGGAGUUACAUCCCCUGAUUCAGCAGCCGAUUUACCUGGGGAAGUAAAUGCUCCAGACUCAGAAAACCAGUCUGAUUCAAAGACUGAUUCUAAAACAUUAACUCAGUUGGACCAAAAUGAUAAAGUUGAAAAAGAAAACCAUUCCAGUCCUGCAGAAGAUACUACUGGUACUGAGCAGUAAUCUUUGGUUAAGAAAUUUAAAAAACAUUCUACUAUGCAAUAUUUAUAUGUAUAUUUUAUUGUUAUUGAUGGAAAAAUAUAACUUUUAUAGACUA